GAUGUACUCUCACGUAUGAAAACUUGGGGUGUAACAGUUAGUUCCUUUGCAUUGCAUGCCCAAAUUGCGUAAAAUAAACAUUUUCCCGAUUAAAAAAACAAACAUGGCAUUUCCAUGUUCUCAACAGACUAACCAACUGAAGGGCAAAGAAUGGCGGAGAGAUGCAUUUUAACUCUGAUUUUUGCUUUACAAUUUCAAGUAGAAGUGAAUUGAAAACUCUGGCAACUAACUGAACUGAACUCUUACUUAGGUUUCUUCUGCUUUUUGUUUUUGGCUGCAACUUCUUUUUUCCAGAUUUUUCACAUAUGAGUCAGCUCCAUUUCUUCUUCUUUCCCAUGAUGGCUCAUGGUCACAUGAUUCCUACGCUUGAUAUGGCCAAGCUUGUCGCUUUGCGUGGUGUUAAGGCCACCAUAAUCACCACUCCUCUCAAUGAAUCUGUUUUCUCAAAAGCAAUUCAAAGAAACAAGAAUUUAGGAAUCGAAAUUGACAUCCGUUUGAUCAAAUUCCAAGCUGUUGAACACGGCUUGCAUGAAGAAUGCGAGCGCCUCGAUCUCAUACCUUCCGAUGACUUGCUCCUAAACUUCUUCAAGGCUACAGUUAUGAUGCAAGAACCACUAGAGCACCUUAUUCAAGAAUGUCGUCCCAAUUGUCUUGUUUCUGAUAUAUUCUUUCCUUGGACAAUUGAUACUGCAGCCAAAUUUAACAUUCCAAGAUUGGCUAUUCAUGGCACAAGCUUCUUUGCCCUUUGUGCUGGGGAGAGCAUCAGGCUUCAUAAGCCUUUUAUGAAUGUCGCCUCUGAUUCUGAAUCUUUUGUUGUACCGAAUUUACCUCACCAGAUCAAGCUGACUAAAUCACAGUUAUCACCGUUUGAUCGAAUUGAGGAAGAGAAAAAUAUUCCCCUGAUGGUAAAAACAGUCAGGGAAUCGGGCUUGAAGGGCUAUGGAGUUAUCUUCAACAGCUUCUACGAGCUUGAACAAGAUUAUGUUGAACAUUAUACCAAGGUUCUAGGUAGAAAAGCUUGGGCUAUUGGCCCGCUUUCAUUGUGCAAUAGGGACAUUGAAGAUAAAGCUGAAAGGGGGAAGCAAUCCUCUAUCGAUAAACACGACUGCAUGAAAUGGCUUGAUUCAAAAAAAUCAAGUUCCAUUAUUUACAUUUGCUUUGGGAGCAUAGCAAAUUUCACCGCAUUACAAAUGCGAGAACUAGCUAUGGGAAUUGAAGCUUCUAGACAAGAAUUUAUUUGGGUUAUUAGAAAAGACAAAGAGGUACAAGACAACGAAGAUGAGUUGCCUAAAGGAUUCGAAGAAAGAAUGAAAGAAAAAGGAUUAAUAAUAAGAGGAUGGGCACCCCAAGUACUAAUUCUUGAUCACGAAUCUGUGGGAGCUUUUGUUACACAUUGUGGAUGGAAUUCUACGUUGGAAGGAAUAUCAGCAGGGGUGCCAAUGGUGACAUGGCCUGUAUUUGUGGAACAAUUCUGUAAUGAAAAGUUGGUAACUGAAGUCUUGAGAACUGGGGUUGGCGUUGGUUCUGUGAAAUGGCAAAAAACAUAUACCGAGGGAGUGAAAAAAGAAGAAAUAACAAAGGCAAUAAGGAGGGUAAUGGUGGGUGAAGAAGCAGAAGGAUUCAGAAGCAGAGCUAAAGCGUACAAGGAAAUGGCAAGGAAAGCUGUUGAAAUAGGAGGAUCAUCUUACUCUAAUUUGACUACUUUGCUGGAAGAUAUAAGUAUAUUUAAUUCCACUAGUGAUUACGAUUUAUCCACUACUAGAAUAAGGAUGUUAGUACUUAGUCUGAUUUUUAAAAUCAGACUGAGUUAGAAGUUAAAGUUAAUACUAGUUCCUUCCUGUGCCCAA